AUGACAGUCGAUAAUUCAGACCAUCUACUUAUGGAUGUCGAUCAAUUGGACUUUUUAGAUGACAGAACGGCACAAACUAGUGAUUAUAAAACUGAUGACGAUGAAGAGCAAUUAUAUGAAAGGGAUCCAGUCAGCGGGGCUAUCCUGGUUCCUAUGACUAAGAAUAAUCAACCCAUUGAGAGAAAUGGAGAGAGGCUGCCUUUAAAAUUCAGGCUGGGACCAAUUUCCUAUCAAAAUAUGGGAUUCAUAACUGCCAAAGACAAAUAUAAGCUUUAUCCUGUCAAAAUUCCUAGAGUGGACACCAGUAGAGAGUUUUCUGCAUACGUCACAGGUUUGUUUGAAAUCUAUCGUGAUUUGGGUGAUGAUAGGGUAUUUAAUGUGCCAACAAUAGGGGUUGUUAAUUCUAAUUUCGCAAAGGAGCAUAAUGCAACCGUAAACCUUGCCAUGGAGGCUAUUUUAAAUGAACUAGAAAUAUUUAUCAAUAGUAUUAAGGAUCAGAAUGGAAAACUGAACAGAUUUUAUGAGUUAGAAGAGUCUUUAACCAUUUUGAAUUGUUUAAGAACAAUGUACUUCACACUAGAUGGUCGGGAUGUGGAAGAGAACAGACCGAAAUUUAUUGAGUCAUUGUUAAAUUGGAUUAAUAGAUCAGAUGGUGAACCAGAUGAAGAAUCUAUUGAACAAGUAUUUUCAGUGAAAAAUUCAGCAUCUGGUAGAAAAGUAUUCGAAACACAAUAUUUUUGGAAGCUUUUGAAUCAGCUAGUAUUAAGGGGUUUGCUCCCUCAAGCUAUAGGUUGCAUUGAAAGGUCAGAUCUUUUACCAUAUUUGAAUGAAACAUGUGCUGUUUCAUUCGAUGCAAUAGGUGAUUCUAUUGAACUCCUGAAACAGUAUCCAAGAGAUUCUUCCAGUACAUUUAGAGAAUGGAAAAACUUGGUACUGAAAUUGGUCCAAGCCUUUGGUAGUUCUGCCACUGAUAUAUCUGGUGAAUUGCGUGAUUAUAUUGAAGAUUUCUUGUUGUUAAUUGGGGGAAAUCAGCGAAAAAUUCUACAAUAUUCAAGGACAUGGUAUGAAUCCUUUUGUGGGUUUUUAUUAUAUUAUAUCCCCUCCUUAGAAUUGUCUGCCGAGUAUUUACAAAUAUCGUUAGAGGCCAACGCUGUUGAUGUAACAAAUGAUUGGGAACAAUCAUGUGUCGACAUUAUUAGUGGUAAAAUCCAUUCUAUACUACCGGUAAUGGAAUCCUUAGACAGUUGCACAGCCGCUUUCACCGCUAUGAUUUGUGAAGCCAAAGGUUUAAUAGAGAACAUGUUCGAAGGUGAUAAAAGUAUUGGUGAAUAUGAUAUUGAAGAUAACGAAGUUCUUGAGGACCUUUUCUCUUAUAGAAAUGGCAUGGCAUCUUAUAUGUUAAACAGUUUUGCUUUUGAGUUGUGUUCACUCGAUAAUAAGGAACUAUGGCCUGUCGCCAUCGGAUUGAUAGCAUUAUCUGUUACGGGGACGAGGAGUGCAAAGAAAAUGGUGAUUGCAGAACUACUCCCACAUUACCCAUUUGUUACGAAUGACGACAUUGAAUGGAUGCUAAGCAUAUGUGUGGAAUGGAGAUUACCAGAAAUAGCGAAGGAAAUAUAUACCACAUUGGGUAAUCAAAUGCUAUCCGCACACAAUAUAAUUGAAAGUAUCGCAAAUUUCAGUAAAGCUGGCAGAUUUGAAUUGGUAAAGUCAUAUUCAUGGUUAUUAUUUGAAGCGUCGUGCAUGGAGGGCAAGAAACUGGACGAUCCUGUGUUAAAUGCUAUUGUGAAAGGGAAUACUACAACAGAUGACGAUGUUGUAAUACCAGAAGACAUUUUGAACUGUGUAGUAACGAAUGCCAUGCGUCAAACUUUAGCGCCAUAUGCCGUUCUAUCACAAUUUUACGAAUUGAGAGACAGUGAAGACUGGGUCCAAGCAUUGCAUUUAUUAAUUUUGCUAAUUGAAUUCCCUCAUUUACCAAAGCAUUACAUGGUUUUACUCUUGGCGAAAUUUCUGUAUCCAAUUUUCCUUUUAGAUGAUAAAAAGCAAAUGGAUGAAAAUUCAGUAACGACAAUCAUUGAAGUUAUAGAAACUAAAUGGGAUGAAACUGAUGAAAAAAGUGCAAAUUUAUAUGAGGCUAUCAUCGAAACAGAGAAUAACUUACCUGAUAGCACAACAGAGCUUUUAAAGAAUUUAAGGAAGAAGUUAAACUUCAAGUUAUGUCAAGCGUUUAUGUAG